UAAAUUCAGUCUAAUGAAAAAAAAAAUAACAGAGAGAAAUAUUUUUAAAAUCAGUGUAUUUUCGAAUUUUGAAUAAUUUGUAGCCUAAAUUCGAAUUGACAACAUAUGCACAAUAAUUACAACUGUUUUGAGUGUAAUGAUAGUUUCAACUAAAAUAUAAUUAUGGAAGACGAAUUACUAACCACUGAGUUUAAAAAGUUACCUAUAGAAGAAAGGUGUGUUCACAAAGCAUGGAAAGCUCGAGUAAACGGCUAUGAAGAAGCAGCAAAGUUAUUUCGUAUGAUUGUAGAUGAAAAAUCACCAGAAUGGAAUAAAUAUUUAGGUUUAAUAAAAAAAUUUGUAACUGAUAGUAAUGCCCUAGGGCAAGAGAAAGGUUUGGAGGCGACACUUGUAUUUGUUGAAAACUGUGGAAAUGCUGGUAAAACAGUGGGCGAAGUUAUGUCAGGAAUUGUGACAAAAUGUAUUGCUGCACCGAAAACAAAAACUAAAGAAUUAGCAACACAAGUGACAUUAAUGUAUAUUGAAAUUGAAAAACAGGAUAUUGUUUUGGAAGAGUUGUUAAAAGGAAUGGAACAUAAGAAUCCAAAAAUUGUUGCUGGAUGCAUUGUGGCUACUAAGUUGGCAUUACAAGAGUUUGGUUCUAAAGUGAUACCGAUUAAACCGUUAGUGAAGAAAAUACCUGUUUUGCUUGCAGAUCGUGAUAAAACUGUACGGGAUGAAGGAAAAGCUAUGGUGGUUGAAAUGUAUCGAUGGAUCGGCGCUGCUCUAAAACCACAAUUAGCAUCAUUACAACCGGUGCAAGUUACUGAAUUAGAAACAGAAUUUGAAAAAGUCAAAGGUAAUCCUACACCAACACGAUAUCUACGAUCACAACAACAAAAACAAGCUAAAAUUGCUGCUGAGGCUGCUGAAGCUUCCGAUGAAGACGAAGACGGUGAAACUGAUGCUGCAGAACAAAUAGAUCCAUACGAUUUAAUGGAACCCGUUGAUAUUUUGUCAAAAUUACCAAAAGAUUUCUACGAAAAAGUGGAAGACAAAAAAUGGCAGGAACGAAAAAUGGCCGUAGAAUCGUUAGAAACAUUACUAAAAGCACCAAAAUUAGAAAAUGGUGAUUAUGGUGAUAUGGUUAGAGCUUUAAAAAAAAUUAUUUCAAAAGAUUCAAAUGUAAUUGUCAUUGCAUUGGCUGGAAAAUGUUUGGCUGCUUUGGCUAAUGGCUUGAAAAAACGAUUUCAACCAUAUGCGGGAGCAUGCGUACCAGCAUUAUUAGAAAAAUUUCGUGAGAAAAAACAAAAUGUUGUUACUGCACUUCGAGAAGCUAUUGAUGCCGUAUUUUUGUCGACAAAUUUAGAAAACAUUCAAGAAGAUGUGUUAGAAGCUUUAAAUAAUAAAAAUCCUGCAGUGAAAUCAGAAACAGCAUCAUUUUUAGCACGAGCAUUUUGUCGAUGUCAACCAAUUGCUUUGAAUAAAAAAUUAGUAAAAGCAUAUACAACAGCCUUGUUGAAAACUCUUAAUGAACCAGAUCCAACUGUAAGAGAUACAUCAGCUGAAGCACUUGGUACGCUAAUGAAGUUAGUUGGCGCGGAUAAAAUACUUCCAUUCUUAGCUGAUGUAGAAGCGAUAAAAAUGACAAAAAUAAAAGAAUGUUGUGAUAAGGCAGUAUUAUUAGUAAAAGUACAAAACGUAAAAAAAGAACGUCCAAAUACAGCUCCGCCAAGUAAAACAGAAACAAAAGCAGGUUCAACUACAGCUAAACCUGUAAAACGACCUUUAAGCUCAACCACAACUAAAAAGAAGCCUACUGGUACUUCAAGUGCAGCAUCUGGAGGCGGAGCUUCAAAAAAACCAGCAGCUAAACCUGUUAAAGUUGGUGAACGAGAGUUGACGCCUGAUGAAGUGGAGGAAAAAGCAUCAGAAUGUUUAUCAGCGGAUAUAAUUAGUGGGUUAUCUGAUGUCAAUUGGAAAGCUCGAUUGAGUGCAAUGGAACGGUUUAAUGAAGCAAUACGUGCAAUGAAUUCAAAUGAAAUAUCUACACAAGUACUUGUACGUACGUUAAUACAGAAACCUGGUUUAAAAGAUACUAACUUUCAAGUAUUACGUAUGCGCUUAGAAACUGUUAAAAUGUUAGCUGAAAAUUAUCCAUUCUCCACUAUUACAGCCGGAUUUUGUUUAGCUGAUAUUGUUGAGAAAAUGUCGGAUAUAAAAAAUGGUACAUUGGCUACAGAAGUAUUAACUGCAAUUGCUGAAGCUACAAAAUUAGAUUUUGUAUCUAGUGAAGUGUUAACGCAAGCAUUUAAUCAAAAAAAUCCAAAAGUUCAGCAAGAUUCGCUGUUAUGGUUAUCAAAUUGCAUUAAAGAAUUCGGUUUAACGAUAAAUGUAAAACUUACUAUAGAAAUGAUAAAGAAGGGAUUGCAAGCAACAAGUCCUGGUGUUCGAACAGCAGCGGUAUCCUUAGUUGGUGUAAUGUUUUUAUACAUGGGAAAUAAUGUCUUAUUAUUUUUCGAAAAUGAGAAACCUGCCAUACAACAACAAUUAAAUACUGAAAUUGAUAAAUAUCGUGACGAGAAGCCGCCAACGCCAACGCGUGGUCUCUCAAAAUCGGCUAGUAAGAAUUCUUUAUUAGAUGAAGAAGAGGAUGAUGAUAACAGUCAGAAAAGCAACACAGUUAAUGUUCAAGAAUUAUUGCCACGCGUUGAUAUAUCUGGACAAAUUACAGAUGCGUUAAUAAAUGAAUUAGGUGAUAAAAAUUGGAAAGUACGAAUUGAAGCUUUAACAAAAGUUCAGACAAUUAUUAAUGAAGCAAAAUUAAUAACAUCAAAUAUUGCCGAUUUACCGCAAGCAUUAGCACCACGUUUGGUUGAUAGCAACAGUAAAAUUGCACAAACUACAAUUAAUUUAUGUGAAGCAUUAGCAAAGGCUAUGGGUCCAGCAUGUAAGCCACAUGUACGAACAUUAUUUCCAGGAUUUUUACAAGGUCUUGGCGAUAGUAAAACUUGGAUUCGAUCGGCUUCAAUCUCAUGUAUUAAUGCAUGGGGCGAUGAAGCUGGUUAUAAAGAGUUUUUUGAUGGUGAAAUGAUUUCGGAUGCAUUAAAAACUGGUUCUCCAACUCUACGAACUGAAUUGUGGGCAUGGUUAGCUGAAAAAUUACCAGAUGUUAAACCAAAAUCAUUCCCACGUGAGGAGUUAAUAAGUAUUAUACCCCACUUGUAUAGUAAUUUGGAGGAUCGUAGUGCUGAUGUUCGAAAAAAUGCACAAGAAGCUGUUUUAGGUGUAAUGUUACAUUUAGGGUAUGAAUCGAUGUUGAAACAAACUGAAAAACUUAAGCAAGAGUUUGUGUAUUUUAAUGAUCCUGGAUCAAAAGUUGUGGUUGUUGCGGCACUGGAUAAAGCUCGUCCUAGUUUACCGGUUAAACCAUUACCGCCAGCAAAAGCUAAACCUGUAGAGGAAACGAAAACCGUUAAAAGUGGUGGAGGCAGUCGACCAUCGUCUGUAGUUAAAAGUUCUAAAACGAAGGUUGGAGUUGCAAAACCAACGACCCGUAAAAAGGAGGAAGAUGUGGAUAUCUCACCGUUAUUGGCAUUAAAUAACUUGAAACAUCAAAGAAGUUUAGAUGAACAAAAAUUAAAAGUAUUAAAAUGGAAUUUCGUUACUCCGCGCGAUGAGUUUGUGGAUUUAUUACGGGAUCAAAUGGCAACAGCAAACGUUAAUAAAACAUUAAUGGCAAACAUGUUCCAUACAGAUUUUAGAUAUCAUUUAAAAGCUAUCGAAUCACUAACAGAAGAUAUUCAAGAUAAUAUGGAUGCAUUAGUUGCUAAUUUAGAUCUAAUAUUAAAAUGGUUAACAUUACGUUUCUUUGAUACGAAUCCAUCGGUAUUGAUUAAAGGUCUGGAAUACCUUCAAACAGUGUUUGGAUUAUUGGUUGAAAAUGAUCAUGUACUCUCUGAUAGCGAAGCCUCAUCCUUCAUACCUUAUUUAAUAUUAAAAGUUGGUGAUCCAAAGGAUGCUGUUCGAAACAGUGUGCGUGCUUUAUUCAACCAAAUCACUUAUAUUUAUCCGGCAAGUAAAUUUUUCCCGUACAUGAUGGAUGGUUUAAAAUCAAAAAAUGCCCGUCAACGUACUGAAUGCUUAGAUGAAUUAGGACUAUUAAUUAAAAGUUUUGGCAUGCAAAUUUGUCAACCAUCAACAACCGCUGCAUUACGAGAAAUUGCAAAACAAAUAUCGGAUCGAGACAAUUCUGUACGAAAUGCAGCGCUAAAUGUUUUCGUGAAUGUAUAUCGAAUUGAAGGUGAAAACGUUUAUAAAUUAAUUGGUCAAGUUUCCGAUAAGAAUUUAUCACUUUUGGAGGAACGUAUAAAACGGGCUGGUAAAGUUGCACGUGUGUCUGUACCCCCUGCUGGUCCUCCCGUUAAACCUCAAGUUACUAAUGUACCGUCUGUUCGUGGUAAACGUGAAUCUGUUUAUAUUGAACCGGAACCAGAACUUGAACCUGAACCGAUUGAAGAGGAUGAAGAACCGGAACCAACCGAAAUUAUACCAUCACCUACAAGACUUGAAAGGACUCAAAUCAAACCCGCUGAAUCUCCUGCAUUGGUCAGCGGUCCAUUCGGUUUGGAUACAGAUCUAAUUGAACGCAUCGAAAUGGAACAAAUCAAAAUAAUCAAACCAAAAUUACGUCAAAUGAAUUUAGAUUUUAUGUACGACGAUACACCACAAAUACCAUCAAACCCAAGCGUAAUGCCAAUAUCACCACCUAAAAGAAUAAUACCAAAUGAAAACUUCCUAACAAAUUCAACAUCACCAACAACAGCUUCACACAUCUCAAUCAACAAGCUACCACCAAUGCCAGGCGGUGAAAAUUUAAUAGAACGUACUAUCGGGGAAAUAGCUAGUCCAAAUGUAAAUAUUGCAUUGCAGGCGAUAGCACAAAUGGAUACCAUAUUUCGAUCGAAUAAAACACAUAUGAUUACACCAUAUGAAAAUCAAUUUAUGAGCAGCGUUCUAGAACAAAUGAAAGCAGUACGUGCUUCAAAUUUUGAAAAACCAGAAACCUUAAAAGUAUUCAGAUCGUGUCUUACGGUUCUUAUUGCUUUUUAUGAAAGCAAGACAGUUACACGACAAGUAUCACCAGACGUGCUUGGUGGCAUGUUGGAACAAUUAAUUGGAUUAUUAAUUGAUAAACAACUUGCUUCAUUAGCGGAUGCAGAUGCGUAUACUAGAGUCAUCAAUACACUUUGUGUACGACUUAUUGAACGAUCUGAUCAUACAAAUGUCAUAUGUGCUUUAAUAAAAAUAUUACAUGAUUCAGCGUCACAAAGCCAAACAUCAGUGCGGUAUGUUGAUUUAGCAAUGAAAUGUUUAUGGAAAGCUGUGAAAUUAAUACCAUCGUGGGCUGAUGAAUUAGAUUUUGAUUUAAUAUUAUUAGAAAUACAUAUAUUCUUUAGUCAUUUUCCAUCAGCUUGGUGGAAACAACAACCAGAUGAUAAACCAAUACGAACGAUGAAAACUGUGUUACAUACAAUGGCCAGAGUUAAAGGACAAAAUAUUCUAAGUCAUAUGUCUAGGAUUCCAAACCCAAAUUCAUCCGAAUUACAUGCGUAUCUUGUUAAAAUACUAAAGUCAUUUAAACAAGAAGAAAAUAAACAACAAUUGCCACAAUUAAAAAAGGAUCCAGCACCUAAACCAUUAUCGCGGGCGAUGCAUAAUUUAUUAGUAGAUAUAUUUCAAAAAAUAGGUGUUAAAGAAACAACCAAAGAAGGCUUGUUGUUAUUGUAUGAAUUUCGUGAACAACACCCUGAAGUCGAUACAGAACCAUUUUUAAAACGUGCAACACAAUUUUUCCAAGAAUACGUUGAAAAGGGAUUGGAGGAUAUAGCAGCUCAAAAACGCAAGCAUGAAGUACGCAAUCAAUCAAAUAAAACGGAAUCUACGCAUGCGGUACUAGAACAACCACCAAUGGAAUCGGCAGAACGUUGGUUGGAACGAUUACGUAGUUUAGAAUCAAUGGCUGCAAAACCUGAUGCUUUGGUGUCUGAUGAAAAUUUAAAUUCAUUGAGGGGCGCUGAGUCCGAUGUAGAAAUAUUACGACGUCGAUUGGAGCAAGUGAAAAGUGGAUUUCAAAAUGGAAAUUAAAAAAGUUAAUAAAUGACAUUUUUUACACGAUUUACUCAUUACUCCUCGUAUCUCAUCCCUUGCAUAUAUUAAUGCGCCAUUAAAAAUAUAUUUUCCUUAGAAAAUGUAUUAGCCUAUAAAAUAUAAUUCCAAUAAAGAGGGGGCGUUUAAUGAAAAUUAUAUAAUUUGUAUUUUACAUUUAAAGUUAAAAAAAAAAAUCACGUGUGUAUUAUGCAUUAGUACUCCAUUCAUUCCGUACCAGAAAUUGAUAAUAAAAUUAUCUAACUGUCCAACAGUAUCCUCUCAAACAUACAUCACAUGAAAAAAAUUAUUUUUUGAAAUAUUUUUUGCAUAUACAAAUAUAUAAUUUUUUUGAAUAAUUCAUCUAAAAAGUAUCCUCAAAAUCGCCCGCCCUCUGUAAAAUUUAUUAAUAAUCAUUUUAGAAUAUUUAUAUUAGGUUUUGAAAAUAUUAGGAAUGAUAUAUUUAUCACUAAGACUGUAGACUUUGAGAAUCAAUCCCAUAACUAAUAACCCUCACUCUCAGAAACAGAAAAGUGUAUUAAGUUGAUUGUAAUAAGUCAGUUUUAUAUUUAUUGAAAAUUGUUUUUAUAUAAAGUAUUUAAAAAAAAAACGUAGUUACAACUUUUUUUUAAUUUUUAAUGUGAAAAAAUUCUAAGGAAAUAUAUUCAAUGAUUUUUGUUUUAUUUUAAAAAUCAGUGUGAUUUAUUAUAUUUGAUACACGAGCUUAUGACGUUGGUUGGAGGACAAUGCUUGAUUGAAUGGCUGAAUAUCGUGUUCAGGCCGCCGUUUAGUAAAAAGGUUAGCAUGUUAUUGUGGCUAAUUUAAAUAAUUGGCUGCGACAUAAACACAUAAAUAACAUGUACUGUAUUUGUAUUGACUGUCAAUUCAAUCUGGUUUAGAGUCCGCCUUAUUUCGUGAUUGUUAAUGCCAUAAGUUUCGUGUAAGCUCUAAAUGAGGGUGUUUUUAAAUAAAUGAGAAAAAUUAAAUUUAUUUAAGGCAACUGUUAUUUAUUUAAGCAGACUUGUAUACUACUUUAAAAGUUCACAAAUUUUUAAGCUAAAAUUACUUCUAAAAUAAAAUCUAUUGUCUUGAAAAAGUAGACAAUAUUAACUCUUGAGUUAUUAAUAUAUUAUGAUUAUGAAGUAAAAGCUUGAGGCGUUCAGGGUUAUCAUAAGUAUUUUGAAUUGAGUGCAUCAAAUCUUAUUUUUAUUAUUUUUUAAGUUUAUUUUAUUGUCAUCUAAUUUAAACAUAUUCUACGAAUUUACCUCCCUAUCCCAUCGGGAAUAAUAUUUUAAUUUAAAUAACAUGAUUUGUAUCGGCAACAGAGAUAAACAAAAAAAUAAUUAAUAAAAAGCCUAUAAAAGGGAUUUACCAUUGAUAGUAUUUUAUUAGACGAACUAUUUUGUAACACCGGAAAUGACAAAUUACUAUAAUAAAAAAUAUUUUCAUUUUUUUUACAUUUCUGCAUGAGUCGAUA